CUCUGUUCAUGGAGCAGUAGAAAGAGACGUUGCUAUAAAACAGUUUAAACUUACAAACUUUUGAAGCGUUUGAGUUGUUGGAUUAUUAUUUUUAUUUAAUCCUCGACCUUCAGCUGACGUUGGCAACGGCACUGUCGAAAAGAGACGAAAAGAUGAAGUACAUCAUUGGAAUAGGCGGCGUCACCAAUGGUGGUAAAACCACUCUGACAGAUAAAUUGAUCAAGACUCUGCCCAACUGUUGCGUUGUGCAUCAAGAUGACUUUUUCAAGAAACCUGAUCAGAUAGAAGUCGGGGAGGACGGCUUUAGGCAGUGGGAUGUGAUCACAGCUCUGGAUAUGGAGGCCAUGACCAACACGGUGAAAGGCUGGAUGGAGAACCCAGUGAAAUUCGCCCGAUCCCAUGGCGUGACUCUCUCUUCUCCCUCUGAUGAGGUGAACCCUGACGAGCAGAUCCACAUCCUGAUUGUGGAGGGCUUCCUGCUUUACAACUACCCGCCUCUGCUGGAUGUUUUCAACAAGUCCUAUUACAUCUCAGUUCCCUAUGAGGAGUGCAAGAGAAGGAGAAGUACAAGACAGUACACUGUCCCAGACCCUCCCGGUCUGUUCGACGGCCACGUGUGGCCCAUGUACCUGAAGCACAGAAAACAGAUGGAGGACAGCCAUUUGAAUAUUGAGUACCUGGAUGGCUUGAAAUCCAAAGACGAGAUCUACAACCAGGUGUAUGAGGACAUUCAGAACAACCUGCUCAAUCGUUUAUAGCAGGAAGACUCCUCUACACACCUGUACAGAAGUUGUAAAUAGUUCCAGGGAUUCUUUUUUUAUAAAGUUUUUCAAAUGAAUUUUGUUUUUUGUAAAUAUAUUGACGCAAUGUUAAGUUAUCAUUGUAUCAUCUUCAGUUGAUUGAAGUUUAGUUUUCCUUCAAAAAGUGAUUGUUCACUGAUCAUUACUGUGUUAACCUUGUAUUGGACCAUUUGUCUACCAGUUGCAUUCUCCUGCAAAUAAAUGCAUUAGUUGCUUUUGAUAUACAAGA